CUCCCGCCAGCUGCCUGCAGCCGGUGCGACCAUUGCUGUCCCCUCACUCCCUCACCCGGCAGCGUGCCAACCCCGAGAUGCGUGAACACUGGCGCCCCCAGGAGCCCCCCCUGGGGAUGGCUGGCCCCUGUGGGGCCGUGGGCUCACCCCUGUGCACCACCCACUCAUGGCGGGGCUCUCGCUGCCUUUCAGCUCCCGGUUCUCCUGAAGGGAACGUCGGACGACGACGCGCCGUGUCCCGGCUACCUGUUCGAGGAGAUCGCCAAAAUUUCCCACGAGUCGCUGGGCAGCAGCCAGUGCCUCCUGGAGUACCUCCUGAACCGGCUGCACAGCGGCUCCGGCCGCGUGAAGCUCAAGGUGCUGAAGAUCAUGCUGCACCUGUGUGCCCACGGCUCCUCCUCCUUCCUGCUCAUCCUCAAGCGCAACCCAGCCUUCAUCCAGGAAGCGGCAGGUACCAGCCCGGCCGAGCGCCUUAGCCGGGGGGCCUUCCCGGGAGCCUUUGGGUUUUCCCUAAAGCCCCUGGGAACCACUGAGGGGUUUGACUUGGGGAGCACCUUGUUCUCGGACACCUUGUCCCCUCCUCCCCCGUCCCAGCCUCCCAGGGCCCUGCCCCCCGCAGGCAUGGGCUCCCAGUCCCGGCCCCAGGGCGCCCUACAGGGCUUCGGCUACAGCAAGGAGCACGGUCCCACGGGCUCCACGGGGGAAGCCUUGCUCGCCACCCUCCAGAAGGCCGCAGAGGUCGUGGCCAGCGCCGUGUGCCCUGGGCCCGAGGGCCCCGGCUCCCAGGGGCCCCUGCUGCAGGGCGACGCCUACCAGCCUGCUGUGACGCCUGCCGCCAGCCACGGCCACCUCGCCCCUGCGAACCCACCCCCUGGAGCCCUGCCGGGGGCCCGAGCCACAAGACACCAGCCGGGGCAGGCGGGCGGGGGCUGGGACGAGCAGGACAGCAGUCCCGGCUCCCAGGGUUCUUGCCAGGACAAUGGCCAGAGCAGGGCCUCGGGCUCCGGCACUUGGUCGGGCAGUGACAGCCCCUCGGGGGCCAGCGGGGUGCCCGGCGACCUGGCUGAGAGGGUGGAGGCCGUGACCCUGAGCGACUGCCAGCAGGAGCUGAGCCUGGUCCAGAUGGUGACACAGGGGCCACGCCCCUUCCUGAGCCAAGAGGAGGCUCAGCACUUCGUCAAAGAGUGUGGGCUGCUCAGACCGUGUGCCCUCCAGGGUCCCCAGGAUGACUGGGCCCUCACCAGUUCCCUUUCUCCCGCCGUCCAGAUCCUGAGGCACUUAGAAGCCUCCUGCCGACAGCACGCCGCUGCCCGGAGGCCAGAGGCCGAGCCCAACCCCGCAGCCACGCGUGUGGGCGCGUCAGACCUGCUGACAGACACUGUGCCUUUCACCGGGGGCCCUGCAUCUCUCCAGCCUCUGAGUUCCACCCUGCUCUCCCCCAGGGGCCCUGCAGCCCCUCCCGCCCUGGGUGGGUGCCUCCUCCCAGGCCACGGGGACUCCAGGAAGGCCGAGCCCAGACCUGAGCAGGGCCGGUUGGGCUCGGACGCUCCCAAUGGAGGACCGGAAUCGGGCCCAUACCCCAGCGGCUGCCUGAGGGGCCCGGGGGCCAGCAGCGGCCACAAGUCCUUGUUUGCUGGCAUGCAGCUGGUGGCCUGCCCCCGCCUGGUGGAGGCUGGGACUGGUACCCAGGAGCCCCCGCAGCCCCCUUGGAUGUUGUCACACAGCGUGGCAGCCCCAGAGCCUCCUGGCUCAGAGCCAUCAGCUUUCGCCUUCUUGAACUCAUGACCUGGACAGUGACUGCACACGGUCCCCUCCGCCCUCAGCCCUGUGUCUGUGUCGGCCUCUCCCUCUCACCCUGAGGCCUUGGUGCGGGGAGCAGCCCAGCCAGGUGAGCGAAGCGCGGACGAGCUUCCAGGAAUGAGAGCGGGAGCCACGAACUAGCCAGAACCGUGUGGAGGCGGGGGAAGCAGCUGGCAGGACUCGCAGGGUGGCGGGCGCAGAGCCCCUCCGUGUCUGCAGGCCCAGGGGCUGAGCUCUGGCGAAGGUUGGCAGCCGGCGGGCCUAGGCUGCUGGGCCUCCUGCCUCGGCGCCCCCUGGCCUGGCGCCCUGAACACACUGUCCGGCCGCGCGGUCCCAUCUGCAGAUGCCGUGGGGCCCCUUGGGGCAGAGGGUCCUGCAGUCUCCCUGCAGGGCAGGGAAGGAGGGGGAGCUGGUGAUUGAGCUCAGAGGCCAGACCCCCCUCAAGCUGUCUCAUGGGGGGACGUGUCAGGAGGGGGCCAGGUGCAGACAGCCCGACUAGGAGAGGGGGACCUGGGCUAGGAGAGGGGGCUGCCUCGGUUCUCCCCCUCCGCCCAGAGGCUGGCUCUCUAGCCUUGAACUCCUGUGGCCGCAGGGAACCCCACCUGCCUCGCUCUGGGAAACGGGUUGUGUGGAUUUGGAACCUGCUUGGAUCUCUGUAUUUGGGCUCAGAGCCCUCCCUCUGCAGGAGGCCACGGGCAGCCACACACUGGCCCUGCCCGGGCCAGCUCCCUGUGUGACCCCUGUGGGCGCCCUCUGCAGGGGCUGCUUCCAGGACCUUCCUAAAUAAACGGUCCUCUCACCAAGUGCUUUCCUUCUUGCGUGUGUGUGCUCACACGUGUGUGUGCGUGUGCGUG